UCGCGCCGUCCACCGGAAGCGUCGCGGGGAAGCGGCCUUGGCCCAGCGAGGCGCUCUCUUUCCCUCAGCCUUUUGGCGCCACCAUGACGAGAGCAAAGACGUUUACAGAUGAACGAACCAAGGCUCCGAGAGAGUUGCCCUCUUAGCUUCCUGGCGUGGAGUGAGAAUGCCCGGCCACAGAGGAAGGUGGCUUGCGGCUGAGAGAGGCCUUUCCCCGGGUCUUAGGGCUCCCCCCACCCCCAAAUACCCCGAACCAGCCCUCUGGAGCCGCCCUCAGGUCAGGACACACAGUGAUGAGGGUAUGAAGUUCAUGAGCCAAUGCGAGGCCCUUUCCAGUUAUUCAUUUGUUGGUUCAUGGCUGCUCGUGUUGUGGAAUAUGGGAUUUCAUGCUCAUUGCAGAAGGGCAGUGAAUUUGCUGUGUUCCUGGAAAAGUAGCAAAGAAGAAGAGUGGCCACCGCUGGAGGAACAGCAGCAAGCCCAGCAGAACCUAGUGCUGCCUCUUCAUUCUCUAGCUUCCCUUUUCUCUCUUUCUACCAGGGAACUCUUUGCAUGGCUAAAGUCUAUGACCUCAGAGGAGCAGCCCUGUGGAUGGAGCUUUCAGAACUUCUGGAAAGUUCCAUUUUCUGAGUCAUUCCCGUGAUGCUAUAAGGAAGUGUGGGCUUCAGAGCCACUAGUAGGAGAGGAAGAAACUGAGGGCUCUUUAUUCAUAUUUUAAGAGGGUCAGUUAGAAUAGACAACAUGAGUGACAAGGAUUGUUUAUCUCAGAAGAUCUCCAAAUGUGACUCGAUACAUCACAUGAGUCACUCCCAUGCACGGCCAGAGCUGCCCCCUCUGCCUGUUUCUGCUAACGAGGAGCCAUCUGAACUCUAUCAGACAGUCAUGUUGCACAGCUUCUACCCACCUUUGAUGCAGCGCACAUCAUGGACCCUGGCUGCACCCUUCAAAGAGCAGCAGCACCACCGAGGACCCAGCGACUCCAUUGCCAACAACUAUUCCUUGAGGGCCCAGGACCUGAAGCUGAAGGAUUUGAAGAAGGUUUCCCUGCCGGCCAUCAUCAAUAUCCCUAGGGAAAGGACCGUUCAAGAAAGACCAUCAGCAUAUAAAUGCUCACUAGAGCCCAGCAAGAAGAAACUGAAGUUCUUCUUCAAAGAGGAUUCCACUGGGUCCAUGUCCUGUAGCAACUCCGCCUUCCAACUCGUGAAGAAGUCACUAGUGCCACCUUUUGCUGUUCCGGAAAGCAGGCCCAUGAGUCCAGAAGAACAGAUUGGUGUGAUGUUACAGAAGGAGAUGGAAGUAGAAAGUAAAGAAACCAAACCAUCUGAAUUAGACUUGGAGAGAUACAGUUACUAUUUGACCCAUGGAAUCCCAAAAGAAAUGAUUGCUGCUGAGGAAGAGGAAGUGAUGACUCGGAUUUUAAAGCUGAUUUCUAACACACUGCUGACGAGUCCCAACCUGGAACCUCUAUUGAUCGUCCUGCUGAAAGAGAAGGAAAGUGACUAUUACAGCAGUCUCAUGAAAAGUACUGUUGAUUACAUCCUCAUGGACCCAAUGGAGAGAAAAAGACUCUUCAUCGAGAACAUCCCCCGAGAGUUCCCUCAAAGGGUGAUUCGGGCCCCGGUGCCCUGGCACACAGUCUACAAGCAGGCCAAGAAGUGGAACGAGGAGCACCUGCACACGGUGAACCCCAUGAUGCUCAGACUGAAGGAACUGUGGUUCGCAGAAUUUAGAGACCUCAGAUUUGUUCGAACAGCAGAACUACUGGCAGGAAAAUUGCCUCUGCUACCACAUGAAUAUCGGGAAGUGAUCCAGAAUCACUGCAUGGAAUUGCGUCAAAUUCUCCUCAACAAAUGGAUCCCCACCUGUGCACAGCUUUUUGUGUCUCAGAAGGAGCAAUGGGUCCAUUUUGCACCCAAGAGCGACUAUGACUCUUCUCGUAACAUUGAGGAAUAUUUUGCUUCGGUUGCCUCCUUCAUGUCACUCCAGCUCAGGGAGUUGGUUGUUAAUUCUCUUGAGGACCUCCUUUCCUUUUUCAUGAUACACAAGGAUGGGAACGACUUCCAGGAGCCCUACCAAGAGAUGGAGUUCUUUUUGCCUCAGCUAAUCAUGAUCAAACUUGAAGUCCAAGAACCCAUUAUUGUCUUUAAUCCAUCUUUUGAUGACUGCUGGCAGUUAAUACACAACUCUUUCUUGGAAAUUAUUAAGAACUCUCAGGGAAUCCCCAAGGUGGAAUCUGUCCUGUUCCCAGAAUUGAAAGGAUAUGAUCUGACUCUUGGAACCAUUAAUCCUGAAGAAAAUCUGGUUAAUGAUUUGGUGAAUCAAGCUUUAGAGAUAUUUCAGAAAAAUCAAGUUGGUCCCCACAAAUACUUAGAUGUAUAUAAAAAGUAUGAUGACUUGCUAGAUAACACAGCAGAGCAAAACAUCUCUGCAUUCCUGAAAGAGAAUCAUGAGAUUGAGGAUUUUGUGACGCGGAUCAGUGGUAUUAAAAAAAGAAGAACUGAAAUUGCGUCUAUGCACAUCACUGUGCCUUUGGCCAUGUUCUGCCUUGAUGCCAUGGUCCUAAAUUAUGACCUUUGUGAACGAGCCCAAAAUCUUAAAGACCGACUGAUUCAAUUCCAAGUGGAUGUAAACCGAGACACCAAUACCAGCAUUUGUAAUCAGUACAGCAUCAUCGCAGACAAAGUCAGUGAAAUUCCUGUCAACACAGAGGAGUUGGUAUUCCUUAUUGAAUUCUUAAAGAAAUCUAGUGAUAUCACAGUGUUCAAACUCAGGAGGCAACUUAGAAAUGCAGUUGAACGGUUGGAGUUCCUGAUGGACUAUGCCGAUUUGCCCCCUGAAGAUAUCAAACUGAACAGCACGCUGUUCCUCUGGCCAGACCAGAUUGAAGAUAUCUUCGAAAACUGCCGAAACCUCCUCAUGAGCAAGAGGGAUCAGGCAGAGAUGGAACUGAUUAAAAGGUGCUCAGAAUUUGAGUCGAAACUUGAGGGCUUCAGCAAGGAACUGGAAGGUUUUAGGAAGCGUGAAGUGAUGACUACAGAAGAAAUGAAGAACAAUGUUGAAAAGCUUAAUGAGCUUUCAAAGAACCUCGAUCAGGCGAUGGUGGAAUUUGAGUUGAUCAAUAAGGAGGAGGAACUGUUGGAAAAGGAGAAGAGUACCUUCCCUCUUCUGCAAACCAUCAUGACCAACAAAAUGCCUUAUGAGCAGCUAUGGGUGACGGCCUACGAAUUUAGCAACAAGUCAGAGGAAUGGAUGAAUGGACCCCUCUUCUCACUGAAUGCUGAGGAGAUUGUGGAAGAAGUUAGCAAUAUGUGGAGGACGAUAUAUAAGUUGACCAAGUCUUUUGUUGAUGUACCUGCCCCCAGGCGCUUAGCAGAGAAUGUGAAAAUGAAGAUUGAAAAGUUCAAGCAACACAUCCCUGUCCUCACUAUUUCCUGCAACCCAGGAAUGAAAGACCGGCACUGGCAACAGAUCAGUGAGAUUGUCGGCUAUGAAAUAAAACCCACUGAAACGACUUGUCUUUCAAAUAUGCUGGAAUAUGGAUUUGGCAAAUUCAUUGACAAACUGGAGCCCAUUAGCACAUCCGCCAGUAAGGAAUAUUCUCUGGAGAAAAACUUGGAGAAAAUGAAGUUAGACUGGGUUAACAUGUCGUUCAACUUCGUGAAGUACAGGGACACUGAUACAAGCAUCUUGUGUGCGGUUGAUGACAUUCAGCUGCUCCUUGACGAUCAUGUGAUAAAGACCCAGACCAUGUGUGGCUCUCCAUUCAUCAAACCAAUAGAAGCAGAAUGCCGGAAGUGGGAAGAAAAACUAGUUCGUGUACAAGACAUUUUGGAUGCCUGGUUGAAAUGUCAAGCCACCUGGCUGUACCUGGAACCAAUCUUCAGUUCAGAGGACAUCAUUGCCCAGAUGCCAGAGGAGGGCAGGAAAUUUGCCAUUGUCGAUAGUAACUGGAAAUCACUCAUGUCCCAAGCUGUGAAAGAUGCGAGAGUACUGAUGGCAGCAGACCAGCCACGGAUGAGUGAGAAGCUUCAAGAAGCCAACAUUCUGUUGGAAGACAUCCAGAAGGGGCUGAAUGAUUACUUGGAGAAGAAGAGACUAUUUUUCCCCAGGUUCUUCUUCCUGUCCAAUGAUGAGCUGCUGGAGAUUUUGUCAGAGACAAAGGACCCCCUCCGAGUGCAACCCCACUUGAAGAAGUGCUUUGAAGGAAUCGCCAGGCUGGAGUUCACAGAUAAUUUGGAGAUUAUGGGCAUGAUUAGCUCAGAGAAGGAAACCGUUCCAUUCAAUCAGAAAAUCUACCCAGCUCAAGCCAGAGGCAUGGUGGAAAGGUGGCUGCAGCAGGUGGAGCAGAUGAUGCUUGCCAGCAUGAGGGAAGUUAUUCGACUCGGGAUUGAAGCAUAUGUCAAGGUCCCGCGCAAUCUGUGGGUCUUGCAGUGGCCUGGCCAGGUGGUCAUCUGUGUCUCCUCCAUCUUUUGGACCCAGGAGGUAUCACAAGCCCUGCUUGAGAAGACCCUGCCAGAUUUUCUGCAAAAGAGCAAUAAUCAGAUCGCACAGAUUGUGCAGCUGGUACGAGGGAAGCUGAGCAGUGGGGCUCGACUCACCCUGGGGGCCCUCACGGUCAUCGAUGUCCACGCACGCGAUGUGGUGGCCAAGUUAUCUCAAGACAAUGUCUGUAAUUUGAAUGAUUUCCAGUGGAUCUCCCAGCUGCGAUACUACUGGAGGGAAAAUGAUGUAUAUGUGCAGAUGAUUACUACUGAAGCCUUGUACGGCUAUGAGUACCUGGGGAACUCCUCCCGCCUGGUGAUUACACCCCUCACUGACCGCUGCUACAGGACACUGAUGGGGGCUUUGAAACUGAACCUUGGGGGUGCUCCAGAGGGUCCGGCUGGGACAGGCAAGACAGAGACCACCAAAGAUUUGGCCAAAGCUUUGGCCAAGCAGUGUGUGGUCUUCAACUGCUCGGACGGCCUGGAUUACAAAGCCAUGGGGAAGUUCUUCAAGGGGCUGGCCCAGGCUGGGGCAUGGGCCUGCUUUGAUGAGUUCAACAGAAUUGAGGUAGAAGUGCUGUCUGUGGUAGCGCAGCAGAUUCUCAGCAUCCAACAAGCCAUUAUCCGGAAGUUAAAGACGUUCAUCUUUGAAGGCACCGAGCUCUUUCUGAACCCAACCUGCGCUGUCUUCAUCACCAUGAACCCUGGGUACGCUGGCAGGGCUGAGCUGCCAGAUAACCUCAAGGCUUUAUUCCGGACAGUGGCUAUGAUGGUGCCAGAUUAUGCCCUCAUUGGAGAAAUCUCCCUCUAUUCUAUGGGGUUUCUGGACUCCAGAAGUCUUGCCCAGAAGAUUGUAGCAACCUACCGCCUGUGCUCGGAGCAGCUUUCCUCCCAGCACCACUAUGACUAUGGCAUGCGUGCAGUCAAGUCCGUGCUCACCGCCGCGGGCAACCUGAAGCUCAAGUAUCCAGAGGAGCAAGAGAGCGUACUGCUGCUCCGGGCUUUGCUUGAUGUCAACCUGGCCAAGUUCUUGGCUCAAGAUGUUCCUCUGUUUCAGGGAAUUAUAUCAGAUUUGUUUCCUGGAGUUGUUCUUCCAAAGCCAGACUAUGAAGUUUUUAUUGAUGUGCUGAAUGAGAACAUCAAAAAGAUGAAACUCCAACCUGUACCUUGGUUUAUUGGAAAAAUUAUCCAGAUCUACGAGAUGAUGCUGGUAAGACAUGGCUACAUGAUUGUUGGAGACGCCAUGGGUGGCAAGACCUGUGCUUAUAAAGUGCUGGCCGCUGCUCUGGGUGAUUUAUAUGCAGCCAACCAGAUGGAGGAGUUUGCUGUGGAAUAUAAGAUCAUCAACCCCAAGGCUAUCACCAUGGGGCAGCUGUAUGGAUGCUUUGACCCAGUCAGUCACGAAUGGACAGAUGGUGUCCUUGCCAAUGCUUUCCGAGAGCAAGCGUCUUCCAUAUCUGAUGAACGCAAGUGGAUUAUAUUCGAUGGGCCAGUGGAUGCUAUUUGGAUUGAAAACAUGAACACUGUUCUGGAUGACAAUAAAAAGCUGUGUUUAAUGAGUGGAGAGAUUAUCCAGAUGAACCCCAAGAUGAGUCUGAUAUUCGAGCCAGCUGACCUGGAGCAGGCCUCCCCAGCCACUGUGAGCAGGUGUGGGAUGAUCUACAUGGAAGCCCAUCAGCUGGGCUGGAAGCCCCUGAAGGAUUCAUACAUGGACACCCUGCCCUCCAGUCUCACUGAGGACCAUAAGGAAUUGGUCAAUGACAUGUUUAUGUGGCUUGUCCAACCCUGCCUGGAAUUUACUCGCCUUCAAUGUAAAUUUGUGGUGCAAACAUCUCCUAGCCACCUUGCCUUCUCAAUGAUGAGACUGUACACUUCUCUACUUGAUGAAAUCAAGAAAUUCAAUGAGGAGGAAAGUGAAGGCCUUGAAGGCCCAACAAGUCAACAGAUCUUCCUCUGGCUGCAAGGCCUGUUCCUCUUUGCCUUGGUGUGGACGGUGGCCGGCACCAUCAAUGCAGAUGGCAGAAAGAAAUUCGAUGUGUUUUUCCGUAACCUGAUCUUGGGUAUGGAUGAUAACAAUCCUCGCCCCAAAAGCGUGAAAAUCACCAAAAACAACAUUUUUCCCGAAAGAGGCAGCAUCUAUGACUUUUAUUUCAUCAAGCAAGGUAGUGGGCAAUGGAAAACAUGGACAGAUUAUAUCACAGAAGAAGAGGAACAAAUUGCAGCUAAUGCAAAGAUCUCAGAACUCAUCAUCCCCACGAUGGAGACAGCGCGACAAUCCUUCUUCUUGAAAACCUACCUGGACCAUGAGAUUCCAGUGCUGUUUGUGGGUCCCACAGGCACUGGCAAAUCAGCCAUCACCAAUAAUUUUCUUCUCCGCCUUCCCAAAAACAUCUACCUGCCCAACUGCAUCAAUUUCUCCGCCAGAACCUCAGCCAAUCAGACCCAGGAUAUCAUCAUGUCCAAGUUAGAUCGGCGGAGGAAAGGAGUUUUCGGGCCUCCCUUAGGGAAGAAAGCAGUGGUAUUUGUGGAUGACCUCAACAUGCCAGCCAAAGAAAUCUAUGGGGCUCAGCCCCCCAUAGAGCUCCUGAGGCAGUGGAUUGACCAUGGUUUCUGGUUUAACAAGAAAGACACAACCAGCCUGGACAUUGUGGAUAUGUUGCUUGUGACAGCCAUGGGGCCCCCUGGAGGAGGAAGGAAUGACAUUACUGCACGAUUCAUUCGCCAUCUGAAUAUCCUUUCCAUCAAUGCCUUUGAGGAUGAAAUUUUAAGCAAGAUUUUCACUUCCAUCUCUAACUGGCACUUUGAGAAAGGGUUUGAUAUAGCAUUCUUAAGGCAUGGAAAGAAUAUGGUACAAGCCACUAAGACAAUUUAUAAGGCUGCAGUGGAGAAUUUCUUGCCAACUCCCUCCAAGUCACAUUACGUCUUUAACCUGCGAGACUUUUCAAGGGUGAUACAGGGGGUGCUGCUGUGCCCUCACACACACCUGCAGGAUGUAGAAAAACUUAUCCGACUUUGGAUCCAUGAAAUUUAUCGGGUCUUCUAUGACCGUCUGACUGAUCGUGAGGACAGAGAGGUCUUCUUCAAUAUGGCAAAAGAAACCACCUCUAAUUGCUUCAAGCAAUCCAUGGAGAAGGUCCUCAUCCACCUGUCACCCACUGGAAAGAUUGUCGAUGAUAAUAUCCGUAGCCUGUUCUUUGGUGAUUUCUUCAAGCCACAAAGUGACACAAAAGUCUAUGAUGAGAUCACUGACCUGAAACAGCUCACAGUGGUCAUGGAAUACUACCUGGAGGAGUUCAACAACAUCAGCAAGGCCCCCAUGUCCUUGGUCAUGUUUAAAUUUGCCAUUGAGCACAUCUCCAGAAUUUGCAGGGUCCUGAAGCAGGACAAAGGUCACUUGCUCCUGGUGGGCAUUGGGGGCAGUGGGCGGCAGAGUGCAAGCAAACUGUCCACAUUCAUGAACUCAUAUGAGCUGUACCAGAUCAAGAUCACCAAAAGCUACUCAGGCAAUGAGUGGCGGGAAGACCUGAAGACGAUCAUGCUACAGGUUGGCGUGAACACCAAAAGAACCGUGUUCCUCUUCACUGAUAACCAAAUCAAGGACGAGUCCUUUGUGGAGGACAUCAACAUGCUUCUGAACACGGGGGAUGUGCCCAACAUCUUCCCACCGGACGAGAAGGCUGACCUUGUGGAGAAAAUGCAGACAGCAGCCAGGACAGAAGGCGAGAAGAUCGAUGUUACUCCUCUUUCAAUGUAUAACUUCUUUAUAGAAAGAGUGAAAAAGAACCUUCACAUUGUCCUUGCUAUGAGUCCAAUUGGAGACGCCUUCAGGAACCGCCUAAGGAUGUUCCCUUCACUAAUCAAUUGCUGUACAAUUGAUUGGUUCCAGUCCUGGCCUACAGAUGCCCUAGAGUUGGUGGCCAACAAAUUUCUACAAGAUGUCGAGCUUGAUGACAAUAUUCGGACAGAGGUCAUCUCCAUGUGCAAAUAUUUCCAGGAGAGUGUGAAGGAUCUUUCGGUCGAUUAUUACAAUGCACUUCGCAGACACAACUACGUUACCCCUACCUCCUACCUAGAAUUGAUCCUAACCUUCAAGACGCUUCUGAAUAGCAAGAGGCAAGAGGUUGAUAUGAUGAGGAGCCGCUACCUGACAGGCCUGCAAAAACUCGACUUUGCAGCUUCACAGGUGGCGGUCAUGCAAGUGGAGCUGACUGCCCUCCAGCCCCAGCUCAUCCUCACCUCUGAGGAGACUGCUAAGAUGAUGGUGAAAAUUGAAGCAGAGACUAAAGAAGCUGAUGCUAAAAAAUUUCUGGUGCAGGCGGAUGAAAAAGAAGCCAAUGCUGCCGCUGCCAUUUCUCAAGCAAUCAAGAAUGAAUGUGAGGGCGACCUGCAAGAGGCGAUGCCUGCACUGGAAGCUGCACUUGCUGCACUGGACACCCUGAACCCUUCUGACAUCUCUCUGGUGAAGUCCAUGCAGAACCCACCAGGCCCUGUCAAGCUGAUUAUGGAGAGUAUCUGUGUCAUGAAAGGGCUGAAACCAGAGAGGAAACCGGACCCCAGUGGCAGCGGUAAAAUGAUAGAAGACUAUUGGGGAGUAUCAAGAAAGAUUCUUGGGGACCUGAAAUUCUUGGAGAGUCUUAAGACAUAUGACAAAGACAACAUCCCCCCUCUGAUCAUGAAGAGAAUCCGGGAAAGGUUUAUUGAUCACCCUGAUUUCCAGCCCGCCGUCAUUAAAAACGUGUCAUCCGCCUGUGAGGGCCUAUGCAAGUGGGUGAGGGCCAUGGAGGUGUACGAUCGUGUGGCCAAAGUGGUGGCCCCCAAACGGGAGCGGCUGAAUGAGGCGGAGGAGAAGCUGUUUAAACAGAUGCAGAAACUGAACCAGAAGCGAGCAGAGCUGGCACUGGUGGAAGACCGCCUGCAGGCCCUGAACGAUGAGUUUGAAGACAUGAACAUCAAGAAAAAGACCUUGGAGGAAAACAUUGAUCUCUGCUCCCAAAAGCUCAUCAGGGCAGAAAAACUGAUCAGUGGUCUUGGGGGAGAGAAGGACAGAUGGACAGAAGCUGCCCGGCAGCUAGGGAUCCGCUAUACCAAUCUGACAGGGGAUGUGUUGUUGUCCUCGGGGACAGUGGCUUACCUGGGGGCCUUUACCGUGGAUUACCGUGCCAAGUGCCAACAGCAGUGGUUGGCCCGAUGUAAGGACAAGGUCAUCCCUGGUUCCAGCGACUUCAGUCUCAGCAACAUAUUAGGGGACCCUGUGAAAAUCCGUGCCUGGCAGAUUGCUGGGCUGCCCAUCGACUCUUUCUCCAUUGACAAUGGCAUUAUUGUGUCUAAUUCUAGACGCUGGGCCUUGAUGAUUGACCCCCAGGGACAGGCCAAUAAAUGGAUCAAAAACAUGGAGAAAGUGAACAAACUAUGCGUUAUCAAGUUCUCGGAUGUCAACUAUGUGAGGACGCUGGAAAACGCUCUGCAGUUUGGCACCCCAGUCUUACUAGAAAAUGUAGGAGAGGAACUGGACACCUUUAUUGAACCCAUCUUGCUCAAAUCCACGUUCAAGCAGCAAGGGAUUGAGUACAUGAGGUUGGGUGACAACAUCAUCGAAUACUCCCAGGAUUUUAAGCUGUACAUCACAACCCGUUUGAGGAACCCACAUUACCUCCCCGAAGUCGCUGUGAAAGUCUGCCUCCUCAACUUCAUGAUCACCCCCUUGGGUCUCCAAGAUCAACUCCUAGGCAUGGUAGCUGCCAAGGAGAAGCCAGAACUGGAAGAGAAAAAGAAUAAGUUGAUUGUGGAGAGUGCCAAGAACAAGAAGCAGCUGAAGGAAAUUGAAGAUAAGAUCUUGGAGGUCCUCUCUCUGUCUGAGGGCAACAUCCUGGAGGACGAGACUGCCAUCAAAGUUCUGUCCUCCUCCAAACUGCUGUCUGAAGAAAUCUCUGAGAAGCAGAAAAUUGCCUCGAUAACAGAAAUACAGAUCGACGAGACUCGGAUGGGCUAUAAGCCAGUGGCUGUUCACUCUGCCACCAUUUUCUUUUGCAUUUCUGACCUGGCCAACAUCGAGCCAAUGUACCAGUACUCACUGACAUGGUUCAUCAACCUCUACAUGCUCUCGCUGGCCAACAGCCAGAGGAGCGAGGAUCUGAUCCUGCGCAUUGAGUACAUCACAGAGCACUUCACCCUCAGCAUCUACAACAAUGUGUGCCGCUCGCUGUUUGAGAAGGACAAGCUGCUCUUCUCUCUCCUCCUGACCGUUGGCAUCAUGAGAGAGAAGAAACAAAUCAACGAGCAGAUUUGGUAUUUCCUCCUCACGGGAGGCAUUGCGCUAGACAAUCCCCACCCCAACCCAGCUCCAGAAUGGCUGUCAGAGAAGUCAUGGGGGGAGGUCGUCCGUGCGUCUGUGUUGCCUAAACUGAGAGGCCUGAUGGAACACGUGCAGGAAAACCCCAAUGAGUGGCAGCACAUCUAUGAUUCAGCCUCCCCCCAUGAGGAGGACUUCCCUGGAUCUUGGAGGUUCCUUGAAGGAUUGGAGAGGAUGGUAGUCCUCCGGUGUCUGAGGCCUGACAAGAUCAUCCCAGCCAUUCGGGACUUCAUUGCUGAACAGAUGGGCAGCACCUAUAUCGAAGCCCCCACCUUUGAUCUCCUGGGAUCCUACAACGAUUCCAGUUGUUGUAUACCCUUGGUUUUCGUGCUGUCUCCAGGUGCAGACCCAAUGGCAGGCCUGCUGAAGUUUGCUGAUGAUGUCGGCAUGGGAGGUACCAGAAUACAGACCAUCUCCCUUGGUCAAGGCCAAGGCCCUAUUGCUGCCAAAAUGAUCAACAAUGCCAUCAGAGAUGGGACCUGGGUGGUCUUACAGAACUGCCACCUGGCCACCAGCUGGAUGUCCACCCUGGAGAAGAUCUGCGAGGAGGUGAUUGUUCCUGAGAGCACCAACUUCAGAUUCAGGCUGUGGUUAACCAGCUAUCCAUCAGAGAAGUUUCCAGUUAGCAUCCUCCAGAAUGGGAUCAAAAUGACCAACGAGCCCCCCAAAGGGCUCCGGGCCAAUCUUUUGCGCUCCUAUCUCAAUGACCCCAUCUCAGACCCCGUGUUCUUCCAAAGCUGUACAAAGCCAGUGAUGUGGCAAAAGCUAUUGUUUGGCCUUUGCUUCUUCCAUGCCAUCGUUCAAGAGCGGAGAAACUUUGGACCCCUAGGUUGGAAUAUUCCCUAUGAAUUCAACGAAUCUGACCUCAGGAUUAGUAUGAGGCAGAUCCAGAUGUUUCUGAAUGACUACCAGGAGGUGCCAUUUGAAGCUCUGACCUACCUGACAGGGGAGUGUAAUUACGGAGGCAGAGUGACUGAUGACAAAGACAGGCGUCUCCUGCUGUCCCUUCUGUCCACCUUCUACUGUAAGGAAAUCAAGCAGGACCAUUACCCUCUUGCUCCUGGAGACACUUACUACAUUCCUCCUCAUGGCUCUUACCAGACCUAUAUUGAUUAUCUCAGGAACCUCCCCAUCACGGCCCAUCCAGAAGUGUUUGGGCUCCAUGAGAAUGCUGACAUCACCAAAGACAACCAGGAAACCAACCAGCUGUUUCAAGGGGUGCUGCUGACUCUCCCAAGACAGUCGGGAGGGAGUGACAAGUCCCCUCAGGAAGUGGUUGAGGACCUGGCCCAGGAUGUACUCUCCAAGCUUCCCAAAGACUUUGACCUGGAAAAGAUUAUGGUGAAGUACCCUGUGGUCUAUGAGGAAUCCAUGAAUACUGUCCUAAGACAGGAGCUCAUCAGGUUCAACAGACUGACCAAAGUCGUUCGAAAAAGCCUCAUUGAUCUUGGCCGUGCCAUCAAAGGGCAGGUCCUAAUGUCCUCAGAGCUGGAGGAUGUCUUCAGCAGCAUGCUUGUGGGCAAAGUGCCAGGCAUGUGGAUGGCCAAGUCCUACCCAUCGCUGAAGCCCCUAGGGGGCUAUGUGGCUGAUCUGCUGGCCCGCCUGGCCUUCUUCCAGGAAUGGACUGACAAGGGGCCUCCUGUGGUUUUCUGGAUCUCUGGAUUCUACUUCACACAGUCUUUUUUGACGGGUGUCUCUCAGAAUUAUUCCCGGAAGUAUACCAUCCCCAUUGACCAUAUCGGAUUUGAGUUUGAGGUGACCACCCAAGAAGCAGUCAUGGAGAGUAAUCCAAACGAUGGGGCCUACAUAAAAGGGCUUUUUUUAGAAGGUGCCCGCUGGGACAGAGAAACAAUGCAGAUUGAAGAGUCUCUUCCUAAAAUCCUCUUCGACCCUUUGCCCAUCAUUUGGCUGAAACCUGGGGAGAGUGCCAGGUUUAUACAUCAGAACAUUUAUGUGUGUCCCGUCUACAAAACCAGUGCCCGGAGAGGCAUUCUCUCCACCACGGGCCACUCCACCAACUAUGUUCUCUCCAUUGAACUCCCAACAGACAGGCCCCAAAAGCACUGGAUAAACCGAGGGGUGGCCUCACUGUGCCAGCUGGAUAACUGAUGUCACUGUCUCAACCCAGAGAAUAAAAGGCAUUUUAUUCUCAACUAGACCCUAGCUUUCCUUUCUUGAGAGCCACAUGGUAUGAUGAUGGUGGUGGCGGUGAUGACAGUUAUAUUAAUAGCGUGCUUGCUAUGAGACACGUAUUACAGACCAGCCCUAUAAAGAGG